AUGCCUCUGGGACGUGGACGGACGAACGUAGGGCCAAUUUUUCGUCGCCGCACGCCUCCCUCAGCACCUCGUCCUUUUUUUGCGAAGCCCCUUGGAGAGAAGCCACUCGCGAAACCGCCUUCAGCUCCUCGACCGAGCAAUCGCAACGAAGCCCCACGACCUACCCCUCGACCUACCCCUCCUCCAGCAGCCAAAGCAGCAUCUGCGCAACACCGCGCUGUCAAGCCAAAAGCCAGCAAAAACACUACGACGCCGAGAAGAAGGUACGCGGGCACAAUAAAACCCGAGCAAGCUUCAUCAUCGGACGGAAGUAGGAAACGCCUCUGGGACUUGGAGCCCCGACCUCGACGACCGUCCGAACCUGAUAACGUUGACGAUUUUCUGUUGGAAAAGUUCGAUUUCAAACGUGCUCCCAAAGAGCUCAUUGCUUCGAUCAAACGUUUGUGCUACAACACCGGGCGAUUUCACCUGUCAAAGAAGGAGAGGGACGUCUACACAGGCAAUCCAGACGAUUUUGGUGGCAAGAGCGCCUACCUGAUCCGCAGCGACUGGAAUAGAGCGACACCGGGCCUUUGGUUUCUACGCUUCUUUCUGCUCACAGGGCCGCCGAUACGAAAAUCCCCUGUUCCCUGGCAACCAAACGAGCGUGCUACAAACAUGACGAACCACGUCCAAAUUACUACGACCCCGACGGCGGACACGGGCGGCAGCUUGCUGUUGCACUUUGACCAUCGGAGGUAUCUCUUUGGACAUCUGUCAGAGGGUACGCAGAGAGCGUUGGGUCAGCGCAAGGUCGCCCUGGCAAAGUUGGAAAACAUGUUCAUGUCUGGUCAAACGAAAUGGGAAUACACUGGUGGGAUGAUUGGUAUGAUGCUCACAGUCGCCGACGUCCUCGAGGGCAGUCGGAGGGAGAUUGAGGCUCAGAACCAGGCCAGGAAGCAGUCCCAGAAGGCGUUGCUGGAGACGAAGGGCCCUGAGCGCAUAGAGAUUCAUGGAGGCCGCAACCUUACCCACAGUCUCGCCACAGCAAGGUAUUUCGUCUUCAGGAAGGGCUUGCCCAUCCAUCCCGUUGAAUGCCACGACGAUCCAAGGAUUGCCAAUCCCGAAGCCACCACCCCUGACUGGGAGGAUGAUGCCAUUCAGGUCUGGAAAGUCCCUGUUGUUGCCGGUGAGCCUCAGGCCAGGUCCCGUAAGAGGAGCCAUGAGGUCAUGGCUGCUGAGGAUGAGCAAGUGGCGGCUGAUCACACGGCCCAGCCCACGCUGACUCCACAAGAACACGAAAGGCUCAAUCGCGAAGGUGUCGCCGCUGUGGUGGAAGACAUGUUCAACUCAGACUGGAGCAAGGACACUCUUUGUGAGACGAAGCUGCACAAGGUUUCCCUCCCCGCCACCAUUUUCGUGAGAAAGAACGGGCAAAUUGAGAGGUACAAGGGCCCUCUGCCUGGCGAUAAGGGGCCCGUCCCCGAUAUCGAUGUACUCGUGCGAUUCCCCUGGCCCGCCACUAAAGUCGUACGUCUUCCAGACCCGAAGCUACCGUCCGAUAUGUCUGUUUGUUAUAUUGUCAAGAACAGAGGUCGUCGAGGAAAGUUCAAUCCGCAACUCGCCAAGCAAUACGGCAUCAAGCCAUUUGAGUUCAAGCAUCUAACAGCUGGAAAGACCGUGAAAGGUGCAGAUGGUGUCGAUGUGACACCUGACAUGGUGUUGGGUGAGCGAAUCAAGCCAUGCGGGUUUGCGUUGGUUGAUAUCCCAAACUUGUCGGCAGUGGAAUCUUUUCUUGCAAGGCCAGAAUGGAAGAACUCUAGCCUGAUGGAAGAUGUGCCCAUCUUCUACUGGCUUCUCGGUCCGACUGUCAUUGACGAUACCCGCAUUCAAAGCUUCAUGAGGGAGAGGCCCGAUGUGAACCACAUCGUCUUGGCCCCACAGACAAGCCCAAACAUGGUGACUAUAGAGUCUUGCGCCAUUUUGUUGGCAAAGCUACGACGAAUCGACCCAGACCGCUUUCCUCUCCUCAACUUUGACAACAGCGUUCGAGACCUGUCUUUCAUCGGCCCGAAUGUACAAGCAGGCCGCGUCGGUAUGAAGACGAUGCUCUCGCCGAGCUUCAGCAUGAAAGACGACGAGAUUCUUCCGUUCCCGACGUUUGAAGAAGCCGGUGCAAUUCCGGAAGAAGUCCUGGCACUCGCGGAUGAGGCAAAGGCCGCGAUCAAAGGGCCCAAGUUCAUUGCGGAGGUUGAGCAAGUUGAGAAGGACAUCCCCAACAGAGACGCCGAAAUUAUACCCCUCGGUACUGGGUCCGCUCUGCCAUCCAAGUAUCGCAACGUUUCUUCGACACUCAUUCGCGUGCCGCAAUAUGGCAACUACAUUCUUGACGCUGGCGAAAACACAAUGGGUCAGCUGCGACGAGCUUUCCUUGCUGACGAACUAGUCCAAAUUCUUCGGGAUCUUCGUUGCAUAUUCAUUAGCCACAUGCACGCAGACCACCAUCUUGGCACAGCGAGCCUACUGCGUGCAUGGUGCGAUGCCACCGAACAUCUCAGCCCUCAACCUAGGCUUGUUAUCUACUGCCCCGUGAGUAUGCGUCUGUUUCUACAGGAGUAUGGUCGCAUUGAAAAUAUCCAAACUGUCAACGGUCGUCGCAUCGAGACUCGCAAUGUUGUUUGGCCCAACGACGACGCCAAACUACCCAAGGACGACUCAACGAGGCUCGCCUCUGCCGUCCUUGUCCCCGUCAAACACUGCCAAAACUCCUACGCUCCCGUCUUCAGCUUCCCCUCGGGCCUGAAGAUCGCCUUCUCGGGCGACUGCCGACCCAGCGAUUCGCUCGUUAAGGCCGGCAAGGGCGCCACCCUCCUGAUCCACGAGAGCACCUUCGACGACAACAAGAAGGGCGACGCCAUCGCCAAGAAGCACUCCACCAUGUCCGAGGCUCUCGACGUUGCGUACCGCAUGGGCGCCCGCCGCGUGCUUCUUACGCACUUCUCGCAGCGCUAUGCCAAGGUCCCCAUCACCGAGAAACGGGAGACCGCGGACGGCUCCGACCAGGCCGUCCUGCUCGCCUUUGACCAGAUGCGCGUCAAACUGGGCGAGUUCCGUCAGGCCCAGAAGUUUUUGCCUGCGAUCAGACUUUACUUUGAGUUGACUGGUGCGGAUUAG